UGCCCAUGGCAAUGGGAAAUUACAUAAAACAGUCAGGAAAUGCUCUAAGCCUGAUCAAGAAGCCUAACUACUGCCUAAUUCUGUCUGCUGCCCCACCCCCACCUUGACUCGAUUCAUCUUCACACCAAACAGCGGCGACAUUCUUUUGAUUUUAUUAAACCGACUUUUCCUUUUAGACUUGGUCGUCACCAUCUUUGCUGUUUAAUUCUGAGCGAAUUCCUCUUUUCUCGAUUUACUAUAGAAUGGCUUCUUCCGAUAAGAUCUUUUCCCUCGAGGGAAAGGGCCUCAAGCUCGACACUGCUGAGGAUCUCGAGCCUCAUAUUGCCCCUCUUCGAUCCGCAGACGUCGAAGAAGUUCGUAUUUUGGGUAACACUCUGGGUGUUGGCGCCUGUAAGCUUCUUGGUGAGGUUCUUGCGACCAAGAAGAACCUGAGAGUCGCAAACUUCGCCGAUAUCUUCACCGGCCGACUCCUGAGUGAGAUCCCUGACGCUAUAUCUUCGCUGCUCACCUCCGUCCUCAACCUUCCCAAGCUCAACACUAUCAACUUGAACGACAAUGCCUUUGGAUUGAAUGUCCAAGCGCCUCUCGUGGCCUUCCUAGCCGCCCACGUGCCACUGCAGCACCUUUACCUGAACAACAACGGCAUGGGCCCUCACGCUGGUAUCCUCAUCGCUGAUGCGCUCUCCGAGCUUCACUCCAAGAAGGAGGCUGCGCGAAAGGAAGGAAAGGAAGUUCCCGAUCUCGAGACUGUUAUUUGCGGCCGAAACCGAUUGGAGAAUGGAAGUAUGACGGCGUGGGCAAAGGCCUACAAGCUGCACAACAAGAUCAAAGUGAUCAAGAUGGUCCAGAACGGUAUUCGACAAGAAGGUAUCUCCCACCUUCUCGCCGAAGGUCUCCGUCACGCUUCCAAACUCGAGGUCCUCGACCUGCAGGACAACACUUUCACCGUCACUGGGGCCCGAGCUCUGUCAAAGGUUGUUGCCAACUGGACCUCACUCCAGGAGUUGGGAGUUGGUGACUCCCUGCUUGGUGCCAAGGGUGGUGUCCUCGUGGCAGCUGCUCUGGCUAAGGGCAAGAAUGCUAAACUCGAGACCUUGCGCCUGCAAUAUAACGAAAUCACCUCCAAGGGUAUCAAGGCCUUCGCCACUGCUGCCAAGGAUGGUCUUCCUGCUUUGAAGCGAAUUGAAAUCAACGGCAACAUUCUCACAGAGGACGACGAGUCGAUUCCCGUCCUUCAGGAGCUUCUCGAGAAGCGCAAGGAGAAGUUCGGUGGUGAUAUCGUCAACGAGGAUGAUUGGGGUGUUGACGAGCUGGAGGACCUCGAGGAGCCAGACAGUGACGCGGAGGAAGAGGAAGAGGAGGAAGAGGAGAUUGAGCCUGAGGACCGAGCCGAGAAGUUGAUCAAGGAGGCCGAGGAGGCUCAAGAGGAACCUGUUAUUCCUGUCAAGGACAAGGAGGUGGAUGAGUUGGCAAAGAAGCUCGAGAAGACUGGAAUUUAAACAUAGAUAUAGAUGAACUGCAUGAUGAUGACCAUUCACUUCACAAGGCGUGAAUGGAAUUUGAUACCCCUUUUACAAUGACUUGGACAACCAACAAUAAAGAUAUGGACGUGACUUGUUACGCAUAAACCAUGAGUUUCAGGAAG